GAAUAGUCUUUACUAUUACAAGUGUCUAGCUGAGGCUGAGAACAUAUCGGUCCCGCUAUUUUCUUGUUUCCUUUGUUAAACAAGAUCCUCAGUGAAGCGAGAAAUCGCCGAGAGGUUGACUAAAAUCAACACUCGGUACUUCCUAUAAUAUCAACAUGGGCGACUCAGAAGCUGCAGUGAACCCCAAAGCGUAUCCUCUUGCGGAUACUGCUCUCACCGCCAAGAUCUUGAACUUGGUUCAGCAGGCAUCCAACUACAAGCAACUCCGCAAGGGUGCCAAUGAAGCUACGAAGACGUUGAAUCGUGGUUUAUCAGAGUUCAUCAUAAUGGCAGCUGAUGCUGAGCCAUUGGAAAUCGUGCUUCACAUUCCUAUCCUCUGUGAGGAUAAAAACGUACCUUAUGUAUUUGUUAGGUCUAAGCAAGCCUUGGGCAGAGCCUGCGGUGUCUCGCGGCCAAUCAUUGCGUGUUCAAUCACUAUCAAUGAAGGCUCGCAGCUAAAGCCACAGAUCCAAAGUAUUCAACAAGAAAUUGAAAGACUCUUAGUGUAAGUGAUGUAAAAGUGUUUUAUAAAAUUAUAUUUUAAUGUUGUGAGUGACAUGCAUACAAAAUAU